GCUGAUCUAUACACCUGUCCACUCCGUCUUACCUUUCCUUUUACUUGGAAUCGGUGUGGAUGAUAUGUUUGUGAUUGUUCAGUCCUGGGCAAAUUUGAGCGAAGAGGAGAAAAAGAAAUCCGUUCACGAACAAAGUUCACUCGCUUUAAAACAUGCAGGUGUAUCCAUCACCGUCACAUCUAUAACAGACUUCAGCGCCUUUGCAAUCGGAGCAACUACCAUUUUACCGGCACUGCGUUCAUUCUGUCUUUACUGCGGCAUCGGUAUCAUUUUCUUGUUCAUAUUCAGCAUUCUGUUCUUUACAGCAACGCUUUCGUUAGAUCAGCGACGAAUCAACAGCAGACGUAACGCUUGCUGCUGUUGUAUUCAGUAUGGAGAUGACUACGAACCGUCAGAAUGUGGUCAGGAAGAUAGGUUUCAGAAGUUUUUUGAAGUAGUAUAUGCACCUUUUCUGACAAAAACUCCUGUUAAAGUUGUAGUCUUGACCAUCACUGUCUGUUUACUUGGCUUUGGAAUAUGGGGUUUGAUUGAAUUAGAACAGUUUUUUAAUUUCCGGUGGUUCUUGCCUUCUGACAGUUACGCAACAGAAUUCAUAGACGCCAGCGAACGCUAUUACCCACAGAAUGGUGACAAUGCAGCAAUUUACCUCAACAAUAUUGACUUGUUUCGUGAGCGUUCAAAGGUAGAUGCCCUAUACAAUGAUGUGAUCGACGAAGACUACGUCGAUUCGUCAUCAUUUUCUAACUGGUAUGAAGAAUUCGGACAAUGGAUUAAGGAAAAUAAAGCUAACGAGCAAGAAUAUAACAACGUAACUAUGUGGCCUGAUACGGAGCAAGCAUUUCAAGCCUGGGUCCAAGAGUUUCUUCUUCACCCCAUGGGUGGUGUUACAUAUACAUCCGAUGUCAUUAUCAAUGGUGAAUCGAGCACAUUUGAAAUUAUUACUUCUCGAAUCACUUUCCAGCACGUCGUUUUCAAAGGAUCAACAGAGGAAGUUGAAGCUAUGGACUCCAUACAAGCGUUAGUGAACAGCUAUGAUUUUGAAGGGGACGGCUAUGCUUUUGCUUACUCAACAUUUUACCUGGAUUAUGAACCGAAUAAGGUAAUUCAAGAUGAAUUAUUGCGGAAUAUGGGGCUCGCCUGUCUGUGUGUGUUUGUUGUCAUUUUGCUGCUGCUUGCCAAUUUACAAGCUUGCUGUCUCGUGUUUUUAUCGGUCUUCCUCACUUUGAUCGAUCUUGCUGGAUUCAUUCAUCACUGGGGGCUUACUAUCGAUACGGUAGUCACCAUCCAACUCAUAUUGUCGAUUGGUAUCGCUGUUGAUUAUGCCGCUCACAUUGGCCACACGUUCCUAACUGUAACAGGAACGAGAAAUGAACGUGCUCGAAAAGCAAUAACGGACAUUGGGCCUGCUGUCUUUAACGGUGGAUUUAGUACACUAUUAGCUUUCGUUUUGUUAUCACUAUCAACAUCUUAUAUAUUUAAGACAUUUUUUAAGAUAUUUUUCCUGGUUGUUUUAUUCGGUUUGUUCCAUGGCCUAGUUUUACUGCCAGUCCUACUCAGCUGGAUUGGGCCUGCUCCAUAUGCGUCAGCGGUUCAAGUUGAUGCUGCAAACUCCACUCAGAAUGGCUCUGUAAAGAAUAACUCAAGUAAAGACCAAAGUAACCACGCCACCAACGGAGCAAUCAUCAACCCAGAUUCGCCCUCAGAGAAAGCUGACUUCGAUAACCCAGCAUAUGAUGGCGAGGUUGCCAGUGUACCACGUAGUGCUGAGGAAAAAAUUCAAAUGAAGGAUGUAGUUUAAAAAGUAAAAGUUUAAAAUAAUAUUUUAUCAUAUCAAAACAAUUUAUAGCAAAUUUAUGUAUAUAUAUAUAUGUAUAGGUAUAUACAUA